AUGUUUUCACCAAUUGUUGAUGUGCUUGAUGCUCUUGUUCUUGCGGGAGAUGAUGAUAUAGCUAAAACUCAAGCUAUUUUAGAUGGUAUUCAAACUUUUGAUUUUGCUUUCACAGUACAUUUGAUGAAAUUAGUGAUGGGAGUUACAUAUUCAUUUAGUCUAUCUUUGCAAAGAAGAGAUCAAGAUAUUGCAAAUGCUAUAAGAUUGCUUCAUACUACUAAGAGACAAUUUCAAAUGACUAGGGAUGAAGGUUGGGAUUCUUUGAUGAAUGAUGUUACUUCUUUUUGUGCAAAACAUGAUAUUGAAAUUCCUAACAUGGAUGAGCUUGCUCCUUUACGAACUCGAGGAAAACCAAAGAGAAGACGUUUGGAUGUGACACUUGAGCACUAUUAUCGUGUUAAUGUUUUUUACACGAUUCUUGAUAUGCAAAUUCAAGAACUUGAUAGUCGUUUUCCUGAGAAUAGUACAGAGUUACUUAUUGGAAUUGCUUGUUUGAAUCCGGCUAAUUCAUUUUCCAAUUAUAACAAAGAGAAGGUACUCAAAAUGGCUAAACUUUAUCCCGAUGAUUUUGAUGAUCUGGCAAUUGACUGCCUUAGUUUUGAGUUAGAUGCUUUUGUUGGUAAUUUUGCAACUGAUGAGAGAUUUUCAAACUUGGCCACUCCUGGUGAACUCUCUAAAACGUUGUUCCGUACCAAGUUGUAUAAGUCGUGCCCAACUUUUUUUAAGUUUCUGAAGUUGACGUUGAUUUUGCCGGUAUCCACUGCGACUGUUGAAAAGAGUGUUCUUUGCAAUGAUGUUUAUCAAGUCCGACUUACGCAACAAAAUUUGUGA